AUGAAAGCUCGUUUAGUUCCAUGGACAAUCAUUGACGAAUGGCAAACAGUCAAAUCCCUCCUAUAUCCACCAGCAUUCGACCCUACAUCCAUAUCCCGAGGCGCCUCCUUCAUCCGAUCAUGGGCUUCAAGAGGCCAAGUGCCCCAUGCAGCCGAAGUCACUGCAAUGCUAGCUGAAUGCACUUGUCUUGAAUACACGAGUAAUAAUAUCAUGCCAGAGUCUGCGCUACGGUUGACGUAUUCUAUGGCUAUUAUCAGAUUCGUGAACGGACUAGUGGAUGCAUCUCAAGUAACCGGAAGACUGCAAUCUGUAGCUGCAGUUGCUGAUUCUCUUGGUAUUCCAUUAUGGAUUGUGGAUUUGCGACAUGCUGCGACGCACGAAUCGCUGCCUUCUUUGUCGCUCUUGCGGGCUGCUGCUCAACAGGCACUAAGGUGGCUAGACGCCCACUACUGGUCCCUUCAAACAACACGAACAGAAACUUUUGAAGAUCAAGUGCCUGAUUUAUUGGACCAGUAUUUAAAUGUUAUGGUUGAACUUACUGAAAAUGGAGUAUCCAAAGACACCCUCCUCGCUCAAACACGCGACAAUCUAAUCCAAACAUUGUGUGAAGGCACACAUUCAGAAUCGUUUCGUGAUACGCUGAAUGUUGAGUGGGCUAGGUUGCUAGUGUCUGAGGGAUCAGAUGAGAUAACGCGAACAGACGAAUUAAUAUGGACGCCGUUACUGGAAGGAGUGUACAACGCCAUGCCUGAGUGUCUUGAAGAGUUGUGUUUGGUCUUGUAUCAUGAUCUGGAUGAUCCGUCACGGUCAUCAAGUACAAUGACAGUCGGAUGGACAAAACACCUCCUCAAGGCAUACAUCCUUCGAGACACUCGUGACGGCAAAGACGUUAUAGAAGCGUGUCUGCAACAUCCUAAUACCUUCACACCAACUCUAUUACAAUCCAUCAUCGCACUCCGCCCAUCCCUAAAGCCAUCCCUACAACCAUUCAUGACGUAUCUAUCUACACAACCAAGUACAAGCGACGUGAAUUGUGUCGAUGAUGUGGAGGAAUUGAUUGGUGAAGUGGAUGAAGUUGCCGAGUUGCGGAUGAGAGCCAACAAGUUGGUUGGAAGUAAUAUACUGCAGGCAAACGGUGAAAGCAAUAGCAUCCCAUCAUCAGAGAUUUGGAAACUGGCACCAUCGAAACCAUGGAAGGGUGUGCCGAUAGGCUUAUUACCUGGUGGCAAACCAUGUAGUUUGAGCCUGAGUGAUGCUGAUUGGGAAUUAUCAGCAAUCCUUCCACAAAUCGCACCACAAGAAGAAGACGACGAUGUGGUCAUGGCCACACCGAACAAUGUACAAACAAGUGUAGAUAAACAGCAAGCUGAUGACAUAUGUGAUAUCAUUUUACUGUGA